AUGUCUCAGCCGGCUUCAUCGACAAACCCUAAAGGACCGCCUCCCAAUGAGACGCGAACCGAGCAUCUAGCUCGCUGGGCCGCGAAUCUGCAGUUCUGCGAUAUCCCAACUGACGUCGUGGAACGAACAAAAGAGCUAUUCUUGGAUUGGUUUGGCUGCACUGUCGCAGGACGCCACCAUCCUGCUGUUUCUGCGAUCCGACAGUUUGCUGUCCAAAUGGGGCCUUCCAGUGGCAGAAGCGAGCUUGUCGAUGGAUCCAUCGUUUCCGGAACUAGUCCGGCAUUUGCGAGUCUGAUUAACGGUGCUUCUUCUCAUGUCGUUGAGCAGGAUGACCUGCACAACCGAAGUAUCAUGCAUCCAGCAACUGUUAUCUUUCCUGCCGCGUUAGCUGUGGCUCAAGAUAUUAGUGCCAAUGGCCAGGAAUUCAUCACGGCCUGCGUCGUGGGUUAUGAGGUCGGCUGUCGGGCAGGAGAGUAUCUUGGGAAGGGUCACUAUGAGAAAUUCCACACUACUGGAACGGCCGGCGUUCUCGGGGUUGUAGCCGCCAUAGCUCGUCUGCUAAAGCUCAACGAAGACCAGACCUUGUCGGCGAUCGGGACAGCAGGAACUCAAGCGGCUGGUCUCUGGCAGUUCUUACUGGAUGCAACGCAUUCAAAGCAAGUACAUACCGCAAAGGCAUGCUUCGAUGGCAUAUUCGCGGCCUAUUCAACCAAAGACGGACUGCUGGGCCCUCGAGAUAUUCUCGAGGGACCGCGCGCGAUGGGAGUGGCAUUGGCUCCAGGAAGCACAAUUCCCGAGGCCAUUGAUCGAAACCUCGGCACGGACUUUGCCAUUCUGAGCUCCAGUUUCAAGUGGCAUGCGUCUUGUCGUCACACCCACCCCAGUGUUGACGCUCUCUUGAGUUUGAUGCACAAGCAUGCGGUUGCGUUUGAUGAUAUUGAGUCUGUUGUUGCUCGCACAUAUCAGGCUGCUAUCAAUGUAUUGGGCUUGAGUGGCAGUGGCGAGACGGUUCAUCAGAGCAAAUUCUCAAUGGGAUUUGUUCUCGCUGUGGCGGCUAAAAAGGGCCAGGCUAUGAUUACUGAUUUCACAGAGGAAGAUCUGAGGAAUGCUUCUCUACGUGACUUCCAGAGUCGAGUAUCAAUGGAAUAUGACAAGGAGAUCGAUGAGAAGUUUCCGGAGAGAUGGCAAGGCACGGUUAUUGUCACCUGCAAGUCUGGGAGAAAGUUUACGGAGUCCGUUUACUUUGCGAAAGGAGAUCCAGAAUUUCCUCUGACAAGAUCCGAACUCGAAAGCAAAGCACGAUCCCUUUUCGCAUAUGGAGAUUUCCAUGAGCAUGAGACAAUCGACCGCUUGAUCCAGAGAUCAUGGAACCUUGACCGUAAGAAUGACCUACAUGGAUUUUCCAUUACGCAGAGAUAA